AACCAGCGGCGCGCCGGCGCCUCCCCUUCCCAUAUAAGUGAACGGAAUCUAUUCAUUCUUCACGCGGUGCUUGGUGAAGUGGAACCGACUGGUCCACGGGACGUUGACAGAAUAAAAUCUACUACUUUUGAAACAUUUCUGUCGACCGUUUUCUUUUGGUAGUUUGGUUUUUACGUCGGUCAUAGCCAUCUUCAUCGCCUACAUAUAAUCUCCGGUAUUUGGCAGCAGUGAUUGUUUUCUCUCUACCCCGCGGUACGGGUGCGUUAUUACCGAAAUGAAGGCUACUACUCCCGUCCGCCCCCAGAAGGACACCUCAAGCAGCAGCGGCAACGAGCUUUCUUUACACUACCUCUCGGAUCACAGCCUGAACAUCGCCCGGUCUCGGUUGCAGGAAGAAGAGCAGCUGUGUCUGCAGGACGAUAUGAACCAGUGUUACAGUCGCCUCAAGCGCCUCGUACCCACCAUACCGCAGGAUAAGAAAGUCAGCAAAGUGGAGAUCCUUCAGCACGUCAUAGAUUACAUCUUGGACCUGCAGCUCGCGCUGGAGACGCACCCUUCUCUCCUGAAACAACAGACGGGGACCAUGACGGGGACGUGCCCGCCGUCCCCAGCCUCUAACCGGACACCACUAACGGUUCUCAACACAGACCACCAGACGAUGUCAUCAGGCAAAAAGGAUGACUCAGUUUUGUGUCGCUGAGAAAUGGCCAAUGGUGUGCAGAGCAGAGCUGAGAGCAGAGCUGAGAGCAGAGAGCAGAGCUGCUCCAGUCCACAGCCAGCACAGCCUCAGCCUCCAGCCAGGGAAUCUCAGCCAGCCACACGGAGCUUUAUCACACAGGGGAUCCCCCGCUGGAGAACCUACGACUGUCAAAUAAAAUCCUAUUUAUAACACAUUUAUUAGAAACAAACUAAAGCUACGUUCAACUGACCCAUUCCUUAACUGUAUAUGUCAAAUACAAUUACAACCUGAAAGGGUGAAUGAAGAAUCCCUUGUUGUUGUGAGGUCUUCGCUAGAAACUAGAGCUUGUUGAACGACAAAUACCCGUUUAUAAAAUGUGACAAAUACCCGUUUAUAAAAUGUGACAAAUACCCGUUUAUAAAAUGUGACACAUUUAUAAAAUGUGACAAAUACCGGUUUAUAAAAUGUGACAAAUACCGGUUUAUAAAAUGUGACAAAUACCAGUUUAUAAAAUGUGACAAAUACCGGUUUAUAAAAUAAAAAUAACUAAACCUACAGUGUGGAACUUUACUAAACAGGAAUAUAAUUGUACAUGUUUUACCAUCUAUUGUUUAAAAUGGAUGAUUUGUGUCGGACAAGGUUUUUAAAAUGGAUGAUUUGUGUCGGACAAGGUUUAGCCCUGAAAUGUUUCAUAUUGUUAAGAGGAACAAACGGCUGGAGACAAUUCAGAUGGUCUAUGUAGAAUCAGAUGCUCGAGGUGGAACAAAAGAUCUAUUAUCCUCAGAAAGACUAUUGUAAUUAUAAGAUAUUUUUAUUAAAAACUUUUGACAUGUAAAUAAUGUGUUUUUUGAUUAAAUAUUAAUACUUCAAGAUGUUUUGUUAAUAAACUCUCCACAGCAGUUCA